CACCUUCUUCAUUACUUUCUUCUCCUCUACUUUGAACUUCCUUCAGGACUUGUCAAACUGCUGCGUGAUUCACAGUCGCAUCUCUGUCGAUUUCCAGAUAGUAUCAGUUAGAUCAAAGGUAGUAGAUUAAUCAUGGAAACUCCUGUUGAUGCUCCUAUCAAGGACAAACAUGAAGAAAGUCCUAGGUGGAAGAAACCAACAGUUGUUUUUGUGUUGGGUGGGCCUGGAAGUGGAAAAGGUACUCAGUGUGCUAAUAUUGUCCAGCACUUUAGCUAUACCCAUUUGAGUGCUGGUGAUCUUCUCAGAGCAGAGAUCAGGUCUGGUUCUGAAGUUGGAUCCAUGAUCCAAAGCAUGAUUUCUCAGGGGAGAAUUGUGCCGUCCGAGAUUACGGUGAAGCUUUUGUGUAAAGCUAUGGAGGAAAGUGGCAAUGAUAAGUUCAUCAUUGAUGGUUUCCCUCGCAAUGAAGAAAACCGAAUAAUAUUCGAAAAUGUUGCUAAAAUCAAGCCGGCUUUUGUUCUGUUCUUUGAUUGUCCUGAAGAAGAACUAGAGAGGCGCAUUAUGAACAGGAACCAGGGAAGAGAAGAUGAUAAUCUUGAGACGAUAAAGAAACGGUUUAAAGUGUUUGUAGAAUCUACUCUCCCUAUUGUUAGCUACUACGAAUCUAAAGGGAAACUUCGAAAGGUUAGGACUUGGUUCUUCUUCUUCUCCAUGAUCGUUACCAUCACAUGCUGCUCCACAAUCCUGAUCCUCUUUUUUUUCCCUCAAGAUCAAUGCUGCAAAACCGAGCCAAGAGGUUUUCGAGGAAGUUAAAUAUGUAUUUGCAUCUGAAACUUGAGAAGGUGAAGCUUGUGCUCGUUUCGUACAAACAGUGUUUGGUGUAGUUCUUUUAGAUAUCUUGUGUAUUAAUUAUUAUCACUGCUGGGUUUUGCCUACGUCGGCAUCGCAGACUAGUUGUCGCCGAACAAAACAAAAACAGAGACUUUCACAUGUCCUGUCGUAUACGUAACUAGGUUUACAAAUUUGUGCUUA